GAACCGGCCCGGCUGCUAAGAUGGCUGAAGGCGCCUGGCUAGGGUGAGCGGGGGGCGCGGCGCAGCCAGCCGGUGAGUUCUCGGGCGGGCAGGGCCAGCGUCGCUUCCCCCGCGGCCUGGCGCCAGAGCCACCAUGUCGUUCGCGCUGGAGGAGACGCUCGAGUCGGACUGGGUGGCUGUGCGGCCCCAUGUGUUCGACGAGCGCGAGAAGCACAAGUUCGUCUUUAUUGUGGCCUGGAACGAGAUUGAAGGCAAGUUUGCCAUAACCUGCCACAACCGGACGGCCCAGAGACAGAGGAGCGGCUCCCGGGAGCAGGCGGGGGCGCGAGGGGGCGCCGAGUCCGGCGCAGCGGCAUCCGAUGGGACCCGCGGGCCGGGCAGCCCGGUAGGCAAGGGGCGGCCCGAGGCCACUACCUCUGCGACUCUGGGGAGGAGCCCGGGGCCCCGGAGGAGCCCGGCAUGGGCGGAGGGCGGCUCUCCGCGGAGCGCGCGGAGCCUUCGUGGGGACUCGCUGCUGCGGAGUUCGGCCGGCAAAGGGGCAGAGAGCCCUCUCAGGAGCCCAGUGCGGGCCAAGUCCAGUCCAGUCCGGAGGGGAUCUGAAGGCAGAGAUGUGGCGGGGGCCGCCGCUACGGCCGCCCCGCCGGCGUCCCGGGAGGCCCCUGUGUCGUCGGUGCAGAUAGUGAGCCCGUGCGGGGCGGUCUCCGAGGAGAUCGAGGUGUUGGAAAUGGUGAGGGAGGACGAAGCGGGCCCGGCCUCCCUGGCCAUCUCGGACGCGGAGCAGCAGCCACCCGCAGCUGAGCUGGAUUCCGCGGCCGAGGAGUGCAGCUGGGCCGGGCUCUUCUCCUUCCAGGAUCUGCGUGCUGUGCACCAGCAGCUGUGCUCCGUGAACUCGCAGCUGGAGCCGUGCCUGCCGGUGUUCCCUGAGGAGCCCUCGGGCAUGUGGACCGUACUGUUCGGGGGCGCACCGGAGAUGACCGAGCAGGAGAUCGACACACUGUGUUACCAGCUCCAGGUCUACCUGGGCCACGGCCUGGACACCUGCGGCUGGAAGAUCCUCUCCCAGGUGCUCUUCACUGAGACCGACGACCCUGAGGAGUAUUACGAAAGCCUUAGCGAGCUGCGGCAAAAGGGCUACGAAGAAGUGCUUCAGCGGGCCAGGAAGCGCAUCCAGGAGCUCUUGGAUAAGCACAAAAAUACAGAGAGCAUGGUGGAGCUUCUGGACUUGUAUCAGAUGGAGGAUGAAGCCUACAGCAGCCUUGCAGAAGCCACGACUGAACUCUAUCAGUAUUUACUACAGCCAUUCCGAGACAUGAGAGAACUUGCCAUGCUACGAAGACAGCAGAUCAAGAUUUCCAUGGAGAAUGAUUAUCUGGGUCCCCGCAGAAUCGAAAGUCUACAAAAAGAAGAUGCCGACUGGCAACGGAAGGCUCACAUGGCUGUGCUGUCUAUUCAGGAUCUUACGGUCAAAUAUUUUGAAAUAACAGCUAAAGCUCAAAAAGCUGUGUAUGAUCGAAUGCGAGCAGAUCAGAAGAAAUUUGGUAAAGCAUCAUGGGCAGCAGCUGCUGAACGUAUGGAAAAACUCCAGUAUGCGGUUUCUAAGGAGACUCUGCAGAUGAUGAGAGCUAAAGAGAUCUGUUUGGAACAGAGGAAACAUGCACUAAAAGAGGAGAUGCAGAGUUUGCAGGGUGGUACAGAAGCCAUAGCCCGACUGGAUCAGUUAGAAGCUGACUAUUACGAUCUGCAACUUCAGUUGUAUGAAGUGCAGUUUGAAAUCUUGAAGUGUGAAGAGUUACUAUUGACAGCACAACUGGAAAGCAUCAAAAGACUUCUAUCAGAAAAGAGAGAUGAAGUGGUGUACUAUGACACUUACGAAAGCAUGGAGGCCAUGCUGGAGAAGGAAGAGUUGGCAGCAUCAGUGCAUUUACAGAGAGAAGAGUUACAGAAACUUCAGCAGAAAGCACGCCAGCUGGAAGCAAGACGUGGACGGGUUUCAGCCAAGAAAGCCUACCUCAGAAAUAAAAAGGAAAUUUGUAUUGCAAAACACAAUGAAAAAUUCCAACAGCGCCUUCAGAGUGAAGAGGAAUAUAGAACCCAUCACACACUACAACUAAAGAGAGAAAAAGUACAUGAUGAAGAAGAAAGAAAAACUGCCUGGGUUAGCCAAGAAAGACAGAGAACACUGGAUAGACUUCGAACUUUUAAACAGAGGUACCCUGGCCAAGUCAUACUUAAAUCAACCAGGUUACGACUGGCUCAUGCAAGAAGAAGGAGUGCCACCAGUCCUGUGCCCUGUGAGGACCAGUCCCAAUCGCUACCAGGAGUGCUACAGGUAGAAGAGAAAAGUGAAGAGGUGGAGGAAGGAAAAGGCAAGGUUGGAUCAUCACAAACAACAGAAGCCGAAAUCCUCACACAACUUGAAGAUACUUCAUUAGUGCAACUUGAAGCCACUUCAUUACCUCUCAGUGGUGUUACCUCGGAACUGCCUCCCACUGUUUCUCUUCCACUUUUGAAUAAUACUGACCUUGAACCAGGUUCUCUCACCACAGAUCCACUCCCACCACCUCUUCCUCCGACACCACCUCCCCCACCACCUCCUCCUCCCCCUCCCCCACCACCACCACCUCUGCCUGUUGCUAAGGACAACACCCCAGAGACACUGGAGAAAGGUCUGCCUAGAAUGGAGGGGAAUGAGAAGAGGAUCCCUAAGUCUGCAAGUGCCCCUUCAGCACACCUCUUUGACAGUAGCCAGCUGGUCAGUGCCAGGAAGAAACUCAAAAAGACUGCUGAAGGUUUACAGAGGAGGAGAGUGAGCUCACCCAUGGACGAGGUGCUAGCUUCCUUGAAGCGUGGUAGUUUUCAUCUGAAAAAGGUUGAACAGCGACCUCUGCCUCCUUUCCCUGAUGAAGAUGACAGUAAUAAUAUCUUGGCACAAAUAAGAAAGGGGGUAAAAUUGAAGAAGGUACAGAAGGAAGUUUUGAGAGAAUCCUUCACGCUUCUGCCUGACACAGACCCUCUAACACGGAGCAUCCAUGAAGCUCUUAGAAGAAUCAAAGAAGCAUCCCCUGAGUCAGAGGAUGAAGAGGAGGCUUUGCCUUGCACAGACUGGGAAAACUAACAAGUGACUCAACAGAAAGAAAAAAAUACCUACAGCUGAAGAUCGGUUCAUAUUCUUUUGGAAAACAAAAUUUUAAGCACUUGGUUCAACAAUUGGAUUUCAUUAGAUCCAAAGUGUAUUGUCUCAGUGGUGUGAAAAAAAGGAAGCACAAUUGGCAAGUUAUCACUUUUCCAGUCAUUCCAGUAGAUGGUGGUUAACAUGAGUUUUAGAUGUGCAAUGUUCUGACUGCAGUGAAGAAAAGGCCUUCAAGGAGAUCCCUGUUUUUUUUAACCAUCUUCCCCUCCUGUCCACCCACUUACAUACUUGUAGUGGCCAGUAAAGCUAGGGGUCGCUAUGAGUUGGAAGAACACUGGGUUGACAGAUCUACUGUGAGCUGUAUUGGGACUGCUUUGAAAUCCAUCUUUCAGUGCACUGAAUGGUCAUCUGCUUGAAAAUUACAGAGCUUCUUCCAUAUCACCUUAUAUAAGUAGUGUGACACUCUGAAAUAAGAAGUUUAUCAUGAUAGUUAUAGGACAGGAACUGAAAGAACAUCAGAUGGAAAUGUACUGAAAAUUCCCACAUUACCCAUCUCCAAAGGAAUUUUCAUAAAGAUGUUCAGUAACAUCUGGAAAGAUACAAAAUAUGGAGAUACAUCUAUUAAAGUGUUUGCCACACAUGAUAUAUUUAACAUGGCAUAUUUUUAGAAGACCACACACUUACAUUUUGUAAGUUUUCGAAGUAAAAAUUUCCAUGCUUUUAAAUAGUUCUUCAUAAUUGUGAAUUUAUAACAGUUUGAAUUUUAUGUGCAGCUUUGUUUAUGAGAAGCAAUACUUUGUAAUUUGAUAUUUCAAAUUAUUUUUAGUCUUUUUAUUUGAACUAUUGCUUGAUUAUUAUAAUUCAACAUGACUUUCCUAUUGAGAAUCAAAAAUCAGGAUUCAGUAAUAGGGAUGCAGAUCUUAAGUCUUUUUAUCAUGCACCAUUUAAAUUUUUAUUUUAUGCUCCACAGUGAAAAAAAAAUGUAUGCUCUACAAAUAUGCAGAAGAAAACAGGCGGAAAAGAAAAGCCUCCUUAGCUGGCAUUUCUUUAUCUUCACGUGCUUUGAGUGGAAUUUUGGGAGAGAGCCUUUGGUAUUGUCACUAAAUUUUUAAACGCGUAUGUAGCUCUAGGUGCCGGUUUUGCUGUAAUGGAGUCCUGAAGGAUGCAUUUAUAUGAAUGGAGCCAUUAUGAAUCCUCAGCUGGACUGUUGUGGGCUUGAAUGAAGGUAGAUAUUUGGACCCCGUUUACAGUAUCCUGUAGAGUAUAAUUCUGCAUAAGACAGAUCUUGGCCUUUAUAUGAAGGGAGUUAAGGACUGAAAUACCAAAAAACUUAUUUUUUAUGAUGCAAUUUUCUGGCUCAGACCCAGAAAGCAGUCCUAGAGUAAAAGCCCUCCAAUGUAUAUGAAUUGUUAUUCCUGAGGAAAAAAAAGAACAUUCACACCUUUGUCACUUUAAAGUGUUAUUUCCUUGAAAAUAAUUGUGGAGAAAAUUUUCUGGCAGCAGGUUGUAAAGAACAAAAUCUUCCUACUUAAACAUUAGUAAUAUUUUUUACUGAUAAGACUAGGAGCUUUUGCACGGCAUUGUCAUGAUACAUUGGUUUAUUCUCACAUCUUGUCUGGAAAGAUUAGAAAUACAGAUCUGAUACAUAAACUGAAUCUUCAUCCCAUGAUUGGGGAGUGGGGUAGAUUAUUUUCCUAUAUACCAUCAGUAAAGCAUUGAAGCAUGCUUUUUAACCCAAAGAAGGAUUGGUUUAAUUGUUAAUAUAUUUGAAAAAGUUUUUAGCAAAUUUGCAAACCUGAAAAAAAUUGUGUAUCAAUUUUAUGCCUUGUUCAUAACAUGUUUUGGUUUUCAGUCAUUGACAUUUAGAAAAAUACAGGAGAAUCUAGUAUUAAAUUAACAGUGAAAGCACUGGAACUUUCUUAUAUCUAGAGGGAAUUACUACCCAUUUAGUGUUGCAGCUGGGAUUCCUUUAAAAAGCAGGCUCACUUAUAAAAGGGUCCUGUGAUCUAUCUUCCUGAGGUAUUUUGUAAUUAAGUCUCUAGCAAAUAAUGGAGGGUGUACAGACUCCUGUGAUCCUUGUAGGGGUGUUUCCACAGCCCUUAACACAUCCCAUUGUAGCACUUCAUAAAGGUUAUCUCACAAUUGAAGAUGAGUAUGUUAAAGCAGCCAGCUAUGCUUAUUCUCUGGUAAAUGACUUUCUGCAACACACUCACUUCUCUUCGAGAUUCAGGUUCCUACUUACACGAAUUGCGUGUUACUGCAGGUCAUCAACCUUAUAGAGUUCUCACAAACAAUAUUAAAAUUUAAAAUAACUAAAGUCUACUUGUCCAUCAAAAUGAGAUAACCAGUUUAAUCCUCAUCUUAAUUUUAAAGCAGUUUCAGAACCCGACAGGAAUUAUGUACACAUGGUUAAAUUCUUUUUUUUCUUGCCCCUAAUAAAAUGAGCAUGUUUGGCGUUAAUAUUUCAAUUUGUAUAUAUUUAGUUAUGAUGGUACUUACGUUUCCAGUUCCAAACUUGGCUGUACUGUUUAUAUGGUUUAAAACAUUUGACAGUUAUAUUUCUGUUAAUGUGUCAUUUCCGUGUUAAGAAUCCACAAACAGCUGCUUGUUUAUGCUGAAUCAAUUUAGAAGUUAAUUUACCAAUCUAGUCUCAACUGAAAUGUAUGUAAAAUAGGGAAACAAGUAGAUGAUGACUUGGAGAUGUUUUGGUUAAUGUUACUGCUCACUUGAAUGUCAGUUUUAAAUAUUUCUCUUACUAAUACAACUAAAAUUUUGUAUAUAACCAAUGUGGCAUGUAUAGAGAAGGUAUUCCUAAUGAUUUAAAAUCCUAAUGGUACUGUAGUGUAGCAGUAUGAGGAAAUGCCUGGCUAAAGAGGAUUUUUAAAAGAUGAGCAAUCGUUGUGAUUACUUGAUGUAUAUUUUAUAGGCUUAUUGAGGUUGUGAGCAGCACAAAAACAAUCAUUCCUUAAUCCUUCAUUGUGGAAGUGAAACAUUUCAAGAAAUGCAUUUUUCAAGUCCAUUUUCAAAUGGAUUCUUAGACACAACUAUGACAGUUGAUCAGGUGUAGUAUUUCCACAGUCGGAAUGUGGGGCUUUUCUUACAUGAAACCAUAGAAAUUUUUCAGCACUUUCAUGUACUCUGUAUAGUGAGAGUGUAAAAAAAUCCUUGUUUCUACAAAGCCGAACUAGCAAUAUUUGGUGAACUAUGGCAUGACCAUUUUCUGUCAUGAAAUGUGUUAAAUUGUAAAGCAUUCUUUGGCCAUAGCAGACACUAAGAAUUAAAACUCAUACCAGUGGAACAAAAAUUAAUGGGCAGCAUCCUCUCUGUUUAGAAUGGGGCCAGUAUACAAUUAAUACAAUUUAAUUUUAUACAUUCCCUAAGACUCCAUUUUUUAAUUACAUUCACUAAGCGUGUAUAUAAAUUUAAGUCAAUACUUUUAGCCUAAGGAAAGUUUUUCUUUCACUAAAUACAAGGGUGUUAUUUUUUUUUUUACCUUUAUAAUUUCAUUAUUGUGCACUUACCAUCAGAUACAAACUUGUAAAGUACUCUAAUGGGCGCUUAAAGGCCUUAUCAGGGAGUUAAAUUUCAUACACUUUACCAGGUUGUUUGUAAAAAAUCUUUUUGAACAGCUGUAAAACAUUUAAGAACUGUGGCAGACACAUUGUUAACAUGCAACCAUUUGGUAGAGAAAGCAGAAACCUUAACAAGUUUUACCUAAUUCUUGCACUGAAUUUAAAUGAUAAUAUAAAGUUAAAUGUACAUUUUAAACAGAUUUUAUCCCCCAUUUAUUGCUUAGCAUAGGCGAAGAACUAUGCUUAGUGUUAGAGGAUUGACCACAAAGAUUGAUUUCAGAUGGAAGGAGAGGUAAGAAAGUAGAAGCACCUUACUGUUGGAGCAUGUUGUGUUUAUUUAGUGAAUUGUUCAGUAGCUAUUUCUGAACUUUGCUGCAAAGUGCUCUUUAGUUAAAGCACAUAAAGAAGAGUCUCUGCUUAAAAAAUUGCUUUGUAAAAUGAAGCAAUGGUAUUUUAUAUCCUAUAAAUAUAAUCUAAUUUAAAAGUUUUUCCUACAAAAUGAGUUUAUAUUGCUGCCUAAACUAUCAUGUAUGUAAACAGAGGUUUUUUAAGGGUGAGAGGGAGUCUGGAUAUUCAUUCAUUUUCUCUCAGUCUUUCUCUCUCUCUCUGCGUGUGUGUGUGUUAAAUGUUUGCCCAUUGAGUUGUUUCGAAGAUGUAUUCAUUCUGAAAUUUUGUGUUCUGCCCUCAGUAAAUGUACAGUUUGGUAUUUGAGGAAUUGAUUGAAUUCCAAAUUUAUAAAUGUUUCUCCCCUUCUCCAAACACAUUUAUUAUGACACUGUAAGGUGCGUGUACAGAAAAUACCUCUGAGAUUGACAUAUUAAAUAUUUUAUCAAUGUUAUUUCACACUAAAUCUCAAAGCAAUCAUUUAUUUUGAGGGUUAGGGGAAAGUUUGUUUUGUUUUUUUAAAGUCAGGUGUAAGUAAGAGUGGCUCAAUUUGGGGAGUUAAGACAGGACCUUGGAAAGUGAUUUUUAGAUGUGUACAAAAGGUGUGGGUGUUGGUGUUGGUUACAGAGUUCAAUUUUAACAAGGGAAGUUUUGGGGUUUUUAUUUAACUUGCAUGUUUUAUGGGUAACUAUCAAAGAGUGUAACAAGUUAUUCUAGUUUUCCCCAAUACUAAUUAUGCUAGUUUUAAGAAGUCUCCAUAAUCACAAAUGGCAUUUGCCCUUCAUUUGUGAACCAAAAGGAGUAGAUAAUACAACCCAUACAGUGACUUCUGACUUCUUCAGUUUGGACAGAAUCCCCACUGUCUCCUUGAAUUUCUCAUUGUACUGUAUGUCUUGCCAAGGUUGAAACCAUAAUAUAUAGUUUAUGAAAAAUUGAAGGCUACAGAUCAUUUUGCAUGAGUAAAGCCCAUUAAGACUUAUGAAACUGACAUGUUUUUUAGCCUUUCCAGUUAAAUGAAAAUUUUAAUGGCAAACCAAUUCACUAUUUACUAGCUUUGUGCAAUAUUAUAAUGGUAGAAGCAAAACACUAGCACAUUGUACUUGGCUUUUAAGGAUUGCUUUAACACCCUAACAUUACAUGGGCAAUGUGCACAGUGUAUUGUAAAUGCCAACUCUUGCAAAUUUACAAUACUUAAAUAUGCUCAAUUAACAUUCUAAAGUAUUAAAAGUACAAAGAAAAAACUAAGCAAGCAUUUAUAGCAAUACUUUGAAAUCUCCAAUAAUUGUUUUGACUGUUGACUUUUGCUCUUUAGUGCAACUUUCUGCAUCGUAAUUAUUGUAUUGCUUUGUAUUUCAUGUUUUUUACACUCAUGACUUCAGAAUUAAGUACUUGUACACCAAGUAUUGCAAUCACCUUUCUCUUGUACAUGCAAUGUAACAACAUACAGUUUUGGUGCUUAACAAUAUUCCAUUUUUUUCUUUAAUAAAAGAUAUUUAUUGA